CCACCUCGAGGCCGCACGAACCAGGACCGCCUGACCCAGCUAGACACCGCUCGCCGCCCUUGCCAUCACCUUCUACCCACCUACAGCCCACCACUCGCUCGCGCUGCCGCUUGCUUCGUCUCUUCCAAUACUAACAACAUGCCAGCCAACUUUGAAGAUCCCUGGUUCAAGGGCCAGGAAGUAUCCUACAACGUAUCCGAGCUGCAGGAAUGCGCCAUCGCCGUCGACGCGUCAUACUUUCUCCGACAGCUCCUCGAACAAGCGGAAAACUAUAACGAACCGCUACUGACCGCUCUCGGAGGCCUCACCGGCAUUCAGGCGCGCAUACAAGUUGAAUUGGACAACUGGCUCAAGAACCGCACAACCCCCUUUUUCAUUUUCGAUGGCCAACCUAUGGUCGGACAGGACGAGGUCACCACGAAGCUUGGCCGGGAAAUCCAGAAACAAACCGGUGUUGCGUGGAAGCUCUACAGCGAAGGGCAAGCCGAGGCAGCUGUGGCCGCUUUUGGCGAGUGUGCGAGUAAGUCGUCUAUACCUUGGCUUGUACGGUUCGACAAUAGCUUACGGGUCAAGGUCUCUACAACAUCCAGGCUUUAUAUCCCAUGCUCCAAGAGGAGCUGAGGCUGCGAAAACUUCACUUUCUGGUCGCGCCUUACAAUGCUGCUGCGCAGAUCGCAUACCUGGACAUGAUCGACUCUGAUCAAUGCGGCGGCAUCAUGGGCCCGUUGGAGUUGAUGCUCUACCCUAUUCAAGACUGCGUCAUCCGCUCGAUCGACUGGACCAGCAACACCUGCG